AUGAUCAUUCCCGUCCGUUGCUUCUCCUGUGGCAAGGUCACUGGCGACCUUUGGGAGCGCUACCUCAAGCUCAUUGACGACGGCAUUACGGAUGGCGACGCCAUGGACCAGCUUGGCCUCAAGCGCUACUGCUGCCGUCGUAUGGUCAUGACCCACGUUGACCUUAUCGAGAAGCUUCUCAAGUAUGUUCCUCCGUAUCUUAGGCGGCUUUGUUCCAGACUUCUUACGCGUAACUUCAGGUACACUCCCGACGGACGUAACGAGAAGAAGAUGUCCUUGAACCCGUAG